AUGUGUUCUGUCAUGUGGUGGCUUCUGUGGCUGUGCUUUAGUCUGCCAGCUCUGCUGCUGUGCCAGCCAACCUUCUAUGAGACCAUACGCCAGAACCACCCGACACGCAUUGGAACAAACUCCAUUCAGAUUCUUGAAGGAGGCACAUGCGAGGUGAUUGCUGCGCAUAGAUGCUGUAACAAGAAUAAGAUUGAGGAGAGAUCUCAGACGGUGAAGUGUUCCUGUCUGCCUGGAAAAGUGGCGGGAACCACCAGAAACAAGCCCUCCUGCGUAGAUGCCUCCAUAGUGAUUGGGAAGUGGUGGUGUGAGAUGGAACCCUGUCUGGAAGGGGAGGAAUGCAAAACUCUGCCUGAUAACUCUGGAUGGAUGUGCUACUCGGGCAACAAAGUCAAAACUACCAGAAAUACCCAUCCUUAUUCCUCCUUGUAG